ACUAAAUUUACCUCUUUGCGGAACCCUCUUUUUGGCGAUAAAGAUAAUUCUUUGACGAUGUGGGGAAUAAAGGCUACAUGCCUAAGAGUCCCGUAAUAGAACCCUUCCUUGGUCCUUGGUCCUCAGUGGCUACGCUGAUGUACACUGGUGAAAUAUGCAUCCCGUUUUUUCGACAUGCCAACAUUGUCAGUUUCAUCAUCAGGCAAAAAGACGAAACAGCAAAGUGGACUUUUCAAAUUUGUCUAUUUGUUUGAAUUGUAUACAAACAUGAGAAGAGAAAAUGAUUGUAACAGCUUUAAAGUACAUUAAAAAUUACUAAUAUCAAAAUAUUUGUUUGAUUUUGCCUAUAUUAUACUUUCUGUAGUUUAACGUAUUUACUUUUUUUUCCAAUGAUUUUUCAUUUUUUAAUUUUUAUAUCGUCUUUGCUUUUAUUAGCAAAAUAUGGUUUUUGUGAUUCAGAUUCUUGCUAUGUAGAGGGAAGUAGUAUAGAAUGCGAUUCUGCACAUUCGAAGCCGGUAAUAACAAAACAUCGGAAUAAAAGGUAUCUCCUGUAUGAAGUGAAUCCUGGUGAAGGAUUUAAUCUCAGAAGAGAUGUUUAUAUGCGAAUGGCUGUGCUGGUGAAAAGAUUAAAUGAAGAAGAUUUGUUGAACACAUGGGUACUAGUUCUUCCACCAUGGGGGCCUUUAUACCACUGGAAGACAAAAGAUAUUGGCUUCCAGGAACAAAUAAAAUGGUCAAAUUUCUUUGACAUUCCCAGUCUUGCCAAAUAUGUGCCUGUAAUGGAACUAGAUGACUUCUUGGAUGAUCAUGGAUUUAAAAUUGAUGUAGUAUAUUACUUACAACAUUAUGCAGAAGGAUGGACUGAUGAUCGCUGGGAAGAACGUGCAGAUAUAAGAGACUGUGUGGAUUCUCAUCCAUAUCAGAAAACAAAAAAUGGUAAAAUUCAUGGAUGGUUUUGGGGAUAUUCAGAUAUUUUUUCAGAUGAUUUUUAUUGUUUAUCAAUUCAAGGAUAUAGCAGUACUUUGAAAAGAUUUCUUCAAACUUCAGCUGCUAGUGCUAUUAUGGUAGAUCGGGCUGAAGUCAUUUUACAUGAUUCAUUUGGUGAUGCUGAAUACUGGAGGGUUAGACGUAGUAUUGUUUUUUCAAAAAAGCUCAUUGCUAUUGGAGAUGAUUUUAGACAUAAGUACUUAAAUUCAACUGAUGAGAAGGAUAAAACUGUGAAAAGCUAUGAUAAACAAAUUACUAAUUUUGAACGUAAAGCUGUAGGUGGACCUUACAUUGGUGUUCAUUUACGAAGACGAGAUUUUGCUUAUGCAAGGCCUAAAGAAGUUCCAAGUAUUGAACAUGCUGCUAAGCAACUUCUGAAGAUUAUGAAGAAGAAAAAUCUACAAACUGUAUUUGUAGCAACUGAUGCUUUAGAUUCUGAAUUUAAAAAGCUUCAAGUCUAUAUACCUAGUGCCAUGCGUUUUGUGCCAAGCAAGAAAGUUCAUAAAGAGAUAUUAGAUGGAGGAGUGGCAAUUAUAGAUCAAUGGAUAUGUGCACAUUCAAGGUUUUUCAUUGGAACAUUUGAAUCUACUUUUUCAUUUCGUAUUCAGGAAGAACGAGAGAUCUUAGGCUUUCCUGUUGAAACAACAUUUAAUCGAUUUUGUGGUGAUAAUCAAACAACUUGCCAACAGCCAUCAAGAUGGACUAUAGUUUAUUAAUUAAAAAUGUAUAUCAAAUGAUUUUAAAUUCAUAAUUACAUUUUUAUUGAACUUCAUAAAAAAUACUAAAAUUA